CUUGUGCCACCGACACAUUCAAAUCGACCCGAGCAUAGUACCAAGUAGUUUCUGAUCAAGGCCAGUUUCUGGCUGUUCCCGGAUUUCGGGCCGGUACCGACAUGCCAAUUCAAACUCAGAUCUUUACAAGCUUUACAGCAACCACCACUUGGAAAUCGAAAAUUACCGCCGCCUUCAUGUAUAACGACAUAGGCUGUCCACAAUGUGGAUUCUGUUUGUCCACUGGUGCUCGCCUUCCUGAUGGUAUACCAUCUGACAGAGCUAAUCAACUACUUUCCUCUAACGAGCCUCCAAUUGGCGAUGAGCUUGAACAAUGCGAGGAAAUCCUUUCCAACGGCAGCGAAUUUCUUCGUUCCCUCAACCGGAGUAUCUCGCAAGCCCGCCAUCUUUUGAAUCGACUCACGGCCGAGAGCAUCCGUAUCGAGCACAAGCUUCAUAUAUCCAAGACUCUCAUGAAUCCAGUACGCAGAUUACCGUGCGAAAUCUUGGAGGAGAUUUUCUCGUGGGGCAUGGAUGACGCGAUGAAUGCAACCAUCGCCUGCCCUGCUGAUUCCCUUGAUGCACGAGAUUUCCUUUGGACAGUAUCCCAAGUCUGUUCAUCGUGGAGAUGUCUGACGCUGUCUAGGCCGCACUGGUGGGCAAGUAUUAGGUUGGAUUUGAAGGCGGGCCCGGAGAAACCCACCACUUUGCAAUGGCUCUUGAACCGUACAUCCCGAGCUCCACGUAAUGAGAGCCCUCAAGCUUCUCUCCCGCCAUUCCUCGCGUAUCGUUUUUCAUUACAUCUGGAGAGAUCUGGAAAUCACAGUCUCUCAGUUUUCGUGGGUAGCAAGCAGGACAUCUCCGCACAUCCAUUACUCCCUCUUAUACUCUCAUCAUCUCCACGAUGGCGGCAACUACAUGUUUCCUUCUACAAAGCCGAAUCUUUCCGUACCCUAGAAGCCGUGUCCGAUUCCCUGGAUUCGUUGCAUGAACUUCGCAUUUCGGUGUAUAAUGAUCAUAGGUUCCCGUCUCUCUGGAACACCACCGCUUUUCGUAAUGCACCAAAACUCCAGGCGGUGACCAUCAAUGACCGUCCUGAUUUCUUUCAGCUACCGUGGUCGCAAAUCUCGAACGCAGAUAUCGGCGGCAAGCUUUUGGAUGUUCUCCCAGAGGUCCGAACCGCGACGGCGCUUACCCUUCGUCCUUCUACGAAACGCCUGACAUUCACUACGAUAUUUUCAUCUUCGCAUUUGACUAGACUGAGUCUGUGGGAGAUGCACCACCAUGUGCCUCAAGGGACUAUUGCAUCCUACUUCUCCAUGAUGGCACUGCCGAAACUAUUGUCAUUGGAACUCCAUUAUCACGGUCGUGGCACUCACCUUCCACAUUUUGGCAGAAGGUCCCUCCCUUCAUUGACCUCCCUGCUUAUUUCGGCUCCUUCGAAGACCCUUGACUGGUCCGAUGCUUGCACCGUGCUUCCCGCCUUAUCAAGCCUCGAAUCACUGUCCCUCGAAGUGAUCAUCGACUCAGAUGAAAUAUUCCAUACUCUGGUAUCUGAACAGCCAUCCUUGCGGCGCCUUGACCUUACAGGAUCACAGAUGAGCUUUGAUCACAGAGAACUCGUCAAUAUGCUCGAUGGUCGGAGAACUGAAGAGAGAACUGUUCUCGAUGAGCUAGUUUUGCCAAGUCCGCUCAUGAUUGUGGACUCUGAAGAUUGGCGGUGGAGUAAUGUUUGGAUAUUGGUGGUUACGGGAGGGUUGAAUGUUGUUUGUCGUUCUCAUCGGUCGACAAUUUACAUCAUUCCCGACGAGACUGCAGAUGUUGCAGACGCGCCGUCCGCUUCUCUUUUGCACACAGAUUCGGUGCACAAACGAGACGUGUCGUCGGAGGAACGUUUGACAGUGGAACAUCCAAGAAGGAUGCAAGGGGUGUCUCUUGCAGGGAUUGUAGACCUGUGGUAGGCCGCGCCGACCUAAAAGACUGUAAUCAACCGGGCAGAAGAUGUCUAGACAUGUACGACCGCGAGAGUUUCAAUCGAAUUCUCCUUUACGGUGGAAUUAUGACUUUGGCCGUAGCGAGCGAGGUGCAAUUUCAAGAUCACGUUCCCUGGGAAUUAUGAAUGUUUUUUUUGCAGUGUACCUGAAACUUUCCGAUAUGAUUCUGUCAUAGACGUUCUUUGACAUACUCAAUUCUACUCCGCGAUUGACUCAUUAAUCCGUCCUUUCAUUUUUAUGUCUUGACGACCUGGACGUCGCUGGGUUGUCCGUCACACAUGAACUCGAUGGCUCGCUCGCCGUUGGCAUACGAUGAAUGUACACCAGUUCCUCGUGCCUUCAGCGCGGCGGACUCGUGCGCUU